GGAAGCCAGUAGUCUGCUAAAUUAAUAGGUUCCGAAAGGUUCCUAUCCAUGAAGUCACAAGGUGGUGAUUCUGUUACAGAAGAGGGCUAGAAUUAGCUCAAGAUAAGCCCGGGGCUGACUCUCAGUAGUCUGUCCCUCGUCUGCUGCCGUAGCGCGUCGCCUCGUUGCCUUGGGAGACGACCCGCGACCUGGGAGUGAACGAAUCCGUUUCCCGCCGGCGGGAGCUGCGGCUGUGUCUGAGCAAGGGGCUCGGAGCUGCACCACCAUGGCGGAACAGCUGUAUCUGGAAAACAUAGACGAGUUCGUCACGGACCAGAACAAGAUCGUCACCUACAAAUGGCUAAGCUAUACGCUAGGAGUUCAUGUUAACCAGGCAAAACAGAUGCUCUAUGAAUAUGUUGAAAGGAAACGGAAGGAAAAUUCGGGAGCUCAGCUGCAUGUUACCUACUUGGUGUCUGGCAGCCUUAUGCAGAACGGACAUUCUUGCCACAAGGUUGCAGUAGUGAGAGAAGAUAAAUUGGAAGCAGUGAAGUCCAAGCUCGCUGUGACGGCCAGCAUCCAUGUGUACAGCAUCCAGAAAGCUAUGCUGAAGGACAGUGGGCCUCUGUUCAACACCGACUAUGACAUCCUUAAAAGCAAUUUGCAGAACUGCAGCAGGUUUAGUGCCAUACAGUGUGCAGCGGCCGUCCCCAGAGCUCCUGCAGAAUCCUCAUCUUCCAGAAAGUUUGAGCAGUCAAGUCUUCAGGCAGCAAGUGAGACACAAGCCAAUGAACUGACCACCAAUGGCCAUGGCCCACCUGCCUCCAAACAGGUGUCCCAGCAGCCCAAAGGAAUCAUGGGAAUGUUCCUCUCUAAAGCUGCUACUAAAACCCAAGACACCAACAAGGAGACGAAAGCAGAGGCUAAAGAGGUAACAAAUACAUCUUCAACUGGGGGCAAAGCACCAGGAAAAGGAAAUAUGAUGAGCAACUUUUUUGGAAAAGCAGCUAUGAAUAAACUUAAAGUCAGUUUGGAUCCAGAGCAAGAUGUGAAAGAAGAAAAAACAGUGGAGCAGCCUCCGGUGUCUGUCACUGAAACAAAGCUGGCAGCUCCCACAGCUCUGAAGAAAUCCAGCAGGAAGGCAGAGCCUGUGAAGAUGCAGCAGAAGGAAAAGAAAUGGGGGAAGCGAGUAGACUUAUCUGAUGAGGAAGCCAAGGAAACGGAAAACCUGAAGAAAAAGAGGAGGAGAAGAAUCAAGCUUCCUCAGUCUGAUAGCAGUGAAGAUGAAGUCUUCCCAGACUCUCCUGAAAUGUAUGAAGCAAAUUCACCAUCUCCACCUCCUCCUGCAUCUCCACCUCCUGAAUCUGUGCCAAAACCUGAGUCUCCUCCCGUCAAGAGUUCAAGUGGAGAAAACAAAAGAAAACGAAAGCGUGUACUGAAAUCUAAAACCUUUGUGGAUGAAGAGGGCUGCAUAGUAACUGAAAAAGUCUACGAGACUGAAUCAUGCACGGACAGUGAAGAGGAGGGAAAGAUGAAGGUGGCGCCGGCACACAGACCCCCUGCCGCUGCUGUGAAAAAGGAAACCAAAGAGGAGCCGCGAAAGGGCCCCAAGAAAGGGACCGCAGCUCUGGGCAAAGCCAACAGACAAGUGUCCAUUACUGGCUUCUUCCAGAAGAAGUAAAUGCUGUCCCUGGCAGGACUUGGGGUGGUCAACGGAGAAGACCAGCAAGUAUAGACUGUCACUUACUGUGUAAGUUUGCCUAGCUCCUUGCCUCAUCUGUAUCAAAAUGCUGCACUGCCAUCACGUGACACUUGGACUAUUUCUAGGGUUUUGUUUUUUUUUUUCUAACCAAAAGGGAGUCACCUAGAAGCAGGAGGCAAAAGAUAUUUUAAAAGCUGUUACAUUGUAAUGAGUUUAUAAAGCACAAUUUCUGACC